AUGGCCGACAAUGAAGUCGAGGCUACUGGCGCUCCGUCUGAUAACCUCUUAUCAGCUGCCGAUAAGCCGGCGGCAAAGAAGCGGUCUAAAGCAUGUGAUGCUCAAAAAAAGUUUGAUGCGGCUGUGACUGCCCAACAAAAGCGCCUAGAAGAAGCCGAGACACACUUGUCAAGUGCUCUCGAGGCUCAGAAAGCCGCCGAAGAAAGGGCCAACAACCUCCAGCGUCACGUAGACGCGCUUAAAGAUGAGCUCAACACCCACAAAGCUAGUCCCAAAGAGCUCGAACCUCCGACGGCAAUACCAAAUCUCGAGAGAGACUUUGCACCCGGUAGGGUAUGGAAGAACGAGGAAAUAGAUGCGAGUCGUCUACGUGACAUUCUGGAGACGAAAUAUUCGAAGCUCUACGAGGGUCUUCAAGCUUUUGUUCAAAGUUGGAGUAGUCUCAAGGCUGUGACACUUCAGCACAAGAAGAAACUACAAACUUGGGAGCGACAGUUGAAGAAGGAUUCGUUCACGAUCACUCUGGACAACAGCACCGUCACGUUCACCAGGUCAACCAACGCCGAUGGAGAGUCAGUGGCAGAUGGCGGGGAAAUUCGCGCGUCCAUGCGGAGGCGUCUGGCAGACGAGCAUCCAGGCGCAGAAGAGAAUCGUCCCCGAAGCAGGAGACUCGACCAUGAUGAAAAUGUACACAGAACCAAGCCGGCAACCGCUACUUGGACUCGCCCGGCAGAGCCGAUACGUACUGGCAAAUCCAAAAGUUUUGCUGAUUCCUCUCUGGUGACGGCGACCCAAGAAACACUGACAAGCGACGGACUCUCUUCCGAAUCAAGUUCCGGCCUCCCGUCCAAUUUGCAGACCAGAAAGCGGAAGCGGGUUCAACCGUCUGGUGAAAAUGAACUCAGACAAGGUGCGCCUGAGAAGCCGGUUUUGAUCAAGUCGGAGACGUUGUCAUCCAGUCCGGUACAACCGGGGGCUAUGGCCCCUGGUUGCCUCACCCACUUCCCCAGCACCCAAGAUUUGGACGAGAUCGGCGGCGUCGUGCAGACACCCACGAAAAAGCAAGCCUUCAAGGAAAUUCCCUGGGAUACUGAACACCAAUACUCAGACCGAAAGCCAAACGUAUCCACCCCGAGUCGCCCAACCCAACCUGUUGGUGUCCUUCAGCCAAUUGAUGGAAACGUACCAUCGCUCAGAUCUCGCGGGCAAGGAUCGACUGCAAAAAAGCCGCGCUCUUCAGCUACUGCCGCACUCAUGAUGGCAGAAGAUGGCGAUUCUGGUGACUUUCAGACUUCAUCCAGAAAGCGUGCAAAAACUCCCAUUCGCAACGCUACCCCCAAGGUUAAACACGAUGGAAACACUCGUCUCCAAGACCUACUGGAAGGAUCUUCGUCUUCUACACCCUCUUUCCCCUCGUCGAAAAGAGCGGCCGGUCAUAGAGUAGAUGAAAGGAAUCGCUCAAACAAGUCACACGCCAAUGCAAGGAAGUCUGCGUUACCGGGUCCAGAGAAAACGCAGACAGACUAUGCAUCUCAAGCUGGUCUUGAAGUACGACCAGAAGAAGAACCAUAUAGAUCCCGACCCCUGAAUCGAUUAGGUCUCCAUCACUUUAAGAUCAACCCAGCUGCGAAUGCAGGUCGUGAUUAUGCUUACGACGAUGUGAUACGCAAAAAAGACGACCGCAAGUGCAUGUCCGGGUGCACACGUCCCGGCUGCUGUGGAGACCGGUUCCGUGCUAUGGCUCGAAUGGCAAUUCAAGGCAGUAACAAAACAGCUGCGCAAAAUGAGGAAGAACAGCGAAUCGUCGAAGAUUUUAUCGGCGAGAAUGGGGCUAGCCUCGUGGGCAUGACCGAGAGGCAACAUGAGCAAAUACGCGUGGAAGCUCUUGCACGCCAUUACGCCAAUCAGUACGGACGGCAUCGGCACACUCACCAACGUGCUCGAAGUCCGCCCGGGUUCUGGCGGACUGAAAUGCCAUCUACGCAAGAAAUUGAGGCUGAUCGCGAAAAUGCGCGGAAGAUGGAGCGAGAGAAGGUCGAGGAACGAUAUUGGGAGGCUAUGCGUCCUGGAGGAGUCUGGACAUGGGCCGACGAGUGA